GUAUCCUCGCGAGAGUUUGAAAUGUCGCUUCUUUGCUCGAAAACGAAAACCCUACCAGAAAUACUGACGCAGAGCUGAGAAGCGAAACGACCUCCUCCGUUCCCUACAAGACCCGAAAAAGAAGAAGUGCCCUCUCCUCUUCUCUCCCCCCCCCCCUCUCUCUCCUUCUCCCUUUCGUCUUCGUUCAUGGUGGUUCUGCUCUGAACAAAGUGCGGUGACGGGGAAACGACUUCGUUUUAAGAUUCCUGGGUCUCACUCGUGAUGGGCCAAAAGCCGGAAGAACAGUUGAAGGAGGUUGGAUCCAAGCUCGACCCACCUCCUUCCUCCAAGGAUGCUCUUCUCAAGCUCUUGAAGCAAGCAGCUGCUUGUCUUUCUGAGUUGGACCAGUCGCCACCAGUUUCAGUGCUGAAUUCCAUGCAGCCUUUUCUCGAUGCAGUUAUCAAACCUGAAAUUCUUAAGCAUCAAGACAAGGAUGUUAAGCUUUUAGUUGCGAGUUGCAUAUCUGAGAUAACACGGAUCACAGCUCCUGAGGCCCCUUACAGCGAUAAUAUUAUGAAGGAUAUCUUUCAAUUGAUUGUGAGCACCUUCUGUGGGUUGAGUGAUAAUGCGAGUCCAUCAUUUGGAAGAAGGGUUAUCAUUUUAGAAACGGUUGCGAAGUACCGGUCAUGUGUUGUAAUGUUGGAUCUUGAAUGCGAUGAUCUGGUUACUGAGUUGUUUACUACAUUUUUCGCUGUUACCAGAGAUGACCAUCCAGAAAACGUUCUAUCAUCAAUGCAAAAUAUAAUGGCUGUUCUUUUAGAAGAAAGCGAGGAUGUUCAGGAGUAUCUCUUAUUAAUUCUCUCUAAACUGGGCCGUAAUAAAAGUGACGUUACAGCUGCUGCUAGAAAACUUGCUAUGAAAGUCAUAGAGCAGUGUGCACCAAAACUUGGAUCUGAUAUAAAACAGUUCCUUAUCACUUCAAUGUCUGGAGAUAGCAGUCUGUCGAACCGUCAAAUUGACUACCAUGAAGUGAUCUAUGAUUUAUACUGUUGCGCUCCGCAGACACUAACAGGAGUUGCACCGUAUCUCACUGGGGAUCUAUUGGCCGAUCAGUUGGAAACCCGUUUAAAAGCGGUGGGAUUGGUUGGGGAUUUGUUUUCUUUACCUGGACCUGCAAUCUCUGAAGAAUUUGGUUCGCUCUUUUCUGAGUUUCUGAAAAGGUUGACCGAUAGAGCAGUUGAAGUUAGAAUAUCUAUCCUUGAACAUAUUAGGAGCUGUUUGCUCUCAGAUCCUUCAAAAGAAGAGGCUUCUCAAAUAAUAUCUGCUCUCUGUGAUCGGCUCCUGGAUUAUGAUGAAAAUAUACGCAAGCAAGUUGUUGAUGUUGUUUGUGAUGUGGCUUCAAAUGCACUGGCUUUGGUUCCGGUUGGCACUAUAAAGCUAGUUGCCGAGCGUCUUCGAGACAAAGCUGUACUGGUUAAAAAAUACACUUUGGAGAGGCUGGCUGAUUUGUUCAAUGUAUACUGUCAAAGCUGUGCUGAUGGCAAAGUUUGUGUUGGCAAGUUUGAUUGGAUUCCUGGAAAGAUCCUGAGGUGUUUAUAUGACAAGGAUUUCAGAUCAGACACCAUUGAACAUAUUUUAUGUAAUUCAUUGUUCCCAAGUGCCUUCUCAGUAAGGGAUAAAGUUAAGCAUUGGCUACAAGUGUUUUCAGGAUUUGACACGGUGGAGGUAAAAGCACUUGAGAAGAUACUGGAGCAGAAACAAAGGAUACAACAAGAAAUGCAAAGAUAUUUGUCAUUCAGGCAGAUGCAACAGAUGCAGGAUGUGGAUGCUCCUGAGAUGCAUAAAAAGAUUCUAUUUUGCUUCAGAGUGAUGUCACGUGCAUUUUCUGAACCCCCAAAGGCUGAGCAGAAUUUUCAGACCCUUGAUCAAUUGAAAGAUGCUAAUAUCUGGAAGAUUUUGACUACUCUGCUUGAUCCCAACACUAGCAUUAUGGAAAUGACCAAGUUACGGAAUGAUAUGCUUAAAAUACUUUCCGAGAAGCAUUGUCUGUACGAGUUUCUUGGCACUCUCUCCAUAAAGUGCUCUUAUCUACUGUUCAACAAGGAACACGUGAAGGAGAUAUUGGCAGAAGUUUCUGCUAGAAAGUCUGCUCAAAAUCUUUCAGGCAUUCAGUCUUGCAUGAACUUGUUAGGGAUUCUUGCAUGUUUCUGUCCCUCGCUGUUUGUUGGGGCUGAGGCAGAAUUGAUUCUUUCCCUGAAAGAUGAUGAUGAAGCAACAAAAGAAGGUGCUUUAAAAAUUUUGGCUAAGGCGGGUGGCACGAUUCGUGAAAAUCUCACUGAUUCAUCUAGUUCGGUGGACUUGAUACUGGAGAGGAUCUGCGUAGAAGGUAGUCGUAAGCAAGCAAAGUAUGCUGUGCAUGCUCUGGCAUCGAUAACAAAAGAUGACGGGCUCAAGUCCCUCUCUGUUCUAUACAAGAGACUUGUGGACAUGCUGGAGGACAAGACACAUCUUCCAGCUGUACUUCAGUGUCUUGGAUGCAUAGCGCAGAUUGCGGUGCCGGUUUUUGAGACCAGAGAGACUGAAGUAGUGGAAUUUAUUAAAAGCAAAAUUCUUAAGUGCGGAAGUGAAGCUGUAGAUGACAAAAGUUCAUCCUGGGAUAACAAAAGUGAAAUUUGUCGCCUGAAGAUAUACGGGAUUAAGACGCUGGUUAAAAGCUACUUGCCUUUCAAUGAUGCUCAUCUCCGUGUGGGUGUUGAUGACCUUCUUGGAUUACUUAAAAACAUACUUUCUUUUGGGGAAGUAUCUGAAAAUAUAGAAUCAAGCCCUGUCGACAAGGCCCAUUUGAGGCUUGCUGCUGCGAAGGCGGUCCUCCGUCUUUCUAGGCACUGGGAUGACAAGAUACCUAUUGAUGUCUUCCAUUUAACACUUAAAACGCCUGAGAUAUCAUUUCCAAUGGCCAAGAAAAUAUUCCUGGGAAAAGUUCACCAGUAUGUGAAGGAUCGGGUGUUGGAUGUCAAGUAUGCUUGUUCAUUCUUAUUUGACUUCUCUGGAUCGAAAGUUCUUGAAUCAGAGGAGGAAAAACAGAACUUUGCUGACAUCAUUCAAAUGUCUUAUCAAACAAAAGCACGGAAAAUAUCUGCCCAGCCUGAUGCCACUUCAGCAACUCUUUACCCCGAGUACAUCAUUCCUUAUCUGGUUCACAUGCUUGCCCAUCACUCUUGUCCUGACGUAGACAAAUGUCGGGAUGUCAAGGAAUACGAAAUUAUGUACCGCCAAUUAUAUUUGGUCAUUUCUAUGUUGCUCCGCAAAGAGGAAGACGGAAACUCUGAAGACGAUUCCAAGGAACAGGAGAGCGUUACCACCAUAAUUAGCAUUUUCCAGAGUAUAAAGCAGUCAGAAGAUGUCAUGGAUGCAACAAAGUCAAAGAAUUCAUGGGCAAUCUGUGAACUAGGACUGUCGAUUGUCAAAUGCUUAGCUGAGAAGGAACUCGAUUUGCAAGGGAUGACGACAUCUGUUUCGCUGCCUCCAACACUCUUCAAACCUUACGAAGAAAAGGAAGGUGAUGACUCUCAGGUGGGUGAAGAGCAUAUAUGGUUAGCUGAUGAGACAGUACUUGCACAUUUUAAGUCUCUGAAGUUGGAGAGUGAUGCAUCUGUGACAACUGAAGCUACUGAGGCUGAGGAUAUAAAAGAUGGGGAAAGUGAUGGGAACGAAGUGCCUCUGGGAAAGAUCAUAGAGCGUUUGAAAUCCCGGGGAAAGGGUAAAAAGAAUAAAUCUCUACCUGUUCGGACUGAGAAUGGUGAAAAUGAUGUCGACAUAUUGAAAAUGGUGAGGGAAAUAAACCUAGAUCAGUUAGGAGUGUUGAAUAAAUUUGAAUCCAGUAAUGGUAAGAAGCACUCUCCUGGCAUGAGAGGAGACACAGGUCAAGAAGAUAAACACACUAACAAGAGAAAGGCUGGUGAUGCGACAUCGCUAAUUUCGGUGCCUAAGCGCCAGAGGUCCUCUUCAGGUCAUAGUCCUUUCAAGUUUUCAAGCACCAGUCCUAGAUUCCCAUCGAAAUCUUCAAAAGACGAGUUGCAACAAGGAAGAGAUAUUUCUUGGGACACAAAUGACGAGAUUUCUGGGCAGCAAAAAGUAAUAGAAAGCACCAGUUCUCCUAAGAAAAAGAAAAGGUUCUCAUCGAAUCUUAAGAGUGCAGGAUCUGAUUUGGGUUUUAGUGAUGAAGAAAAUGAAAAUGAAGGUGCCGAUCACACAGAGAGGAAGCAAAGUAAGUUGGCAGGAAGUGGCGAUGGUGUAUUGAAGUCUGCCUCUGGAUCGAUGAAGAAGCGGAAAAGAAAAAGCAUCUCUGGACUGGCAAAGUGCACUUCGGCAGAAAGUAAAAUGGCAGCUGAUGAGUUAAUCGGUUGCAGAAUAAAAGUGUGGUGGCCUUUGGAUAAAAGGUUUUAUGAAGGCACUGUGAAAUCAUAUGAUCCAACUAAACAUAAGCAUGUGAUACUGUAUGAUGAUGGAGAUGUUGAAGUACUUCGCCUGGAGAAAGAACAUUGGGAGCUUGUUUACACUGGUCGAAAGGCCGCAAAGGUUCCUGAAUUAUAUAAGUCAAGCAAAUUGAAGGUCUCCCCUCAUAAGAAAAGAUCUGCCGAAAGCAAACGUAUGUAUUCUGAUGGUUCACAGGAGACUCUGGGUCAAGUUAUGACCACACCAAAAGGAAAGAGGACUCCGAAGAAAAUCUUGAGGCAUAAACUGAAAGGCAUGCCAAGAAGUCUCUCUGAAGAAUCUGUGAAAAAAGAGAGUGGAGAAAAGAAAAAUCAUGCAUAUACUGCAUCAGAUGAUUCGCACGGGGAAGUUGCUGAAGCAAUGGAUGAAGAGAAAUCAACCACAGAGUGGAAGAAAUAUAGUGGGGAGACUGAUGAAGAGAAAUCAAGUUCUGAAGGAAAAUCCAGGAAAGAAGAAAAGGAGGACGCUGAAGAAUGUCAAAACAAGAAAGAUGAUUUACAGGGUGAGAAAUCCGAAUCAAGUGAAAGCUCCAGAGGGGACGAAACUGAAGUUGACAAUUCUGAGCCGGAAGAGAAGGAUGAAAUCGAGACAGAGCCCAAAAACCAUGAUGGGGACACAGAGAUUUCCGACAACGAGACACUGGGUGCAUGGAAACUUAAAGCGUGUAAAGCAAACUCGAGGAAAGCAACAUAGAGGUAUGGAAUUAAAGUUGAUGAGGGGAUAUUGUAGAAGAGAUUGACAAAAUGCUGUUGUUUGUCUUUGGAAGGAAGAAUAGGCGGUUGGAAUAUGGAAAAGAGCAGUAGCUGAGAGAGAGAGAGAGGUGUAGAAGGAAUGAGCUGUAUAUGUGGGUGUCGUAUAUGUUAGGUUACUAACCAUCGUGAAUGGAUUUGGAAGGAAUAAAUUACUAGUGCAGAAGUUAGGGAACCACAUGUACAUGAUGGGUGUGUUGUACUUGUUAGUUCCUGUCUUGUUUCUUUCUUUUUUGCAGGAUGUUUCAUUUUCAUUGCCCUUUGUACCUGACAUUGAUUUCUUAUCAUGAUACCUUUUGUUCGAAUCAGCAGACA